UGUGUGUGUGUGUGUGUGUGUGUGUGUGUGUGUGUGUGUGUGUGUGUGUGUGUGUGUGUGUUUGUGUGCGAGUGUGAGUGUGUCCGUGCGUGCGCGAGCCGGAGAAAAAUGCGACCCCCGGAGCUCGCGCCGCAGAUUCAUUCGGCGCUGCGCUGAAAACGGAAAGAAAGACAGAAAGUUCCAUUUUCGAAGAGAUUGCAAAGUUAAGGCCCGGCCGUGGCCGCUGGGGUCGGGAUGGCGCGCGUGCUCUCGGCACCCGGGGAUUAGGGAAGCGUCCGCGGGAGCGAGCUCGCCCUGGCGCAUUGCCGGGGAGGGGCGACUCCUUCUGGAAGGCACUGAGCCGAGCCGCAGGGAGGGGGAGCUGUGCCGCCGCGGUCGCCGCGCUCCGCACCGAGAGAGGGCGGAGGGCGUGACCGUGCGGCGCGAUCCACGCGGACGCCCGCGGAGCCCGAGGCGCAACUGGUGCGAGGCGGGUGCAGCGCCGCUCGGGCCGCGCGCCCCCGGGUGGCUUUGCAAGGCGGGGCGGCGAGGGCACAGGGCCGGGCCUUUGCAUGAAGCCGCUGGACCCUUCGGAGCAGCGGCGGCGGCAGCGGCGGAGCCCGGCGGAGCGCGGUCGGAGGCAGGUGGCCCCGGGGUCCGUGUCCCGGUGCCUGCGGGGCUGCGGACUCCCCCAUGGGCCGCAGCUGAGGCUGCCCGCGGCGGCGGGGCGCGGGGCGGGGGGCGCGAUCCAGGCCCGGAGGCGGCGGCGCCGGAGGAAGCGCAGGAGGCCGGGCCCGGGAGACGGGCAGCGGCGCGCCACAGCCCCGGGCUCGCCAUGCUCCUGGCCUCGGCCGUGGUGGUGUGGGAAUGGCUGAACGAGCACGGCCGCUGGCGUCCCUACAGCCCCGCCGUGAGCCACCACAUCGAGGCGGUGGUGCGCGCGGGUCCCCGCGCCGGGGGCAGCGUGGUACUGGGCCAGGUGGACAGUCGGCUCGCGCCCUACAUCAUCGACCUGCAGUCCAUGAACCAGUUCCGUCAAGACACGGGGACCCUACGUCCAGUUCGCCGCAACUACUACGACCCAUCCUCAGCCCCUGGGAAGGGUGUCGUGUGGGAGUGGGAGAACGACAAUGGUUCCUGGACACCCUAUGACAUGGAAGUGGGUAUUACCAUCCAGCAUGCCUAUGAGAAACAGCACCCCUGGAUCGACCUCACUUCCAUUGGCUUCAGCUACAUCAUUGACUUCAGCACCAUGGGCCAGAUCAACAGGCAGACCCAGCGCCAGCGCCGUAUCCGCCGCCGACUAGACCUCAUCUAUCCCAUGGUCACAGGCACUAUGCCGAAGGCUCAGUCCUGGCCAGUCAAUCCUGGAACGACCACUUCCCCCCCUGCACCAUCCUGUUCCUGUCCACAGUGUGUUUUGGUGAUGAGCGUCAAGGCUGCUGUGGUCCAUGGGAGCAGUGGGCCCCUUCAGCCUCCAGGAACUCGCAAGAACAUAGCUCCCUCUGGAGUGGGCAAGCUGCCCCCACCACCUGGCCCUGGGACGAAGCCACUAGAUACUUCCGGCACCAUGCGGGGCCCAGGGAAGACUGCUCCAUCACUGGUGAUCCGGAGACAGGUCUCUAAUACACCAGCUGGGGCAACUGCAGGCUCCCCCACCAGCCCACAAGGAAGCAACAGGAAGCCUGGAAGGGUGGCACUGGCCACUUUGAAUCGGUCCAACCUGCAGCGACUGGCCAUUGCCCAGUCCCGGGUGCUGAUUGCCUCGGGGGUCCCCACUGUGCCUGUGAAGAACUUGAAUGGGUCCAGCCCUGUCAACCCUGCCUUGGCAGGAAUCACCGGGAUCCUCAUGAGUGCAGCUGGAUUGCCUGUGUGCCUCACUCGGCCACCAAAGCUGGUCCUCCACCCACCCCCUGUCAGCAAGAGUGAAAUAAAGUCCAUCCCAGGGGUCUCUAACACAAGCCGCAAGACCACCAAAAAACAGGCCAAGAAAGGUAAAACCCCAGAGGAAGUGUUAAAGAAAUAUCUGCAGAAGGUCCGGCAUCCCCCAGAAGAGGACUGUACCAUCUGUAUGGAGCGCCUCACAGCCCCUUCUGGCUACAAGGGCCCACAACCUACUGUCAAGCCUGACUUGGUGGGGAAGCUGUCCAGGUGUGGCCACAUCUACCACAUCUACUGCCUGGUGGCCAUGUACAACAAUGGGAACAAGGAUGGGAGUUUGCAGUGUCCAACAUGUAAGACCAUUUAUGGUGUCAAGACAGGCACCCAGCCUCCAGGAAAGAUGGAGUACCACCUCAUUCCACACUCCUUGCCUGGCCACCCGGACUGCAAGACCAUCCGAAUUAUCUACAGUAUCCCACCUGGCAUUCAGGGACCAGAACAUCCAAAUCCUGGGAAGAGCUUCAGCGCCCGUGGCUUCCCACGACAUUGUUACCUUCCAGACAGCGAGAAAGGGAGAAAAGUUCUGAAGCUGCUUCUGGUGGCCUGGGAUCGCCGUCUCAUCUUUGCCAUUGGAACCUCCAGCACCACGGGCGAGUCCGACACCGUCAUCUGGAAUGAGGUGCACCACAAGACAGAAUUUGGCUCUAAUCUCACCGGCCAUGGCUACCCAGAUGCCAAUUACCUGGAUAAUGUGCUGGCUGAACUAGCUGCCCAGGGUAUCUCUGAAGACAGCACUGCCCAGGAAAAAGACUGAGGUGGGGCGGGGGGACCUGAGGGACUACAUGGCAGGAAGUGAAGAGAGUCCCCUGGAAGUUGAUGCCAUGCUUCCUGACUCCCUUGUUUUCUUUCUUGUUCUGUCUCCACCUCGCACCCCUCUUGGUCACAGAAGGAACUAGAUUAAGGUGAUGUCAUUCAUAAGCUUUAUCCAAUACAAACAGGAUGUGGGAUGAGGGCCAUCCCCCCUUUGUCCCCAUGGAGUUUUCAGUGCUGGGAAGGCAAGAACCUGCGCCUCUCCUUUCCCCUAAGUUGGGGAUGUGGUCAGCACACUUAAGGUAUGGGCAGUGUCGAGGCACUCCAUACCCUGGCCUUGUGAAGCGGAGAUCCCGUGCCUCAGCUGGCUUCUUGCUGCUUCCUCUCUGCUUUGAUAGCAGAGUUUCUGCUUUUCCUUUUUCCUCCACUGGAGUCAGGGAGCUCUCACUGUGCAAGACUGGGGAGAGAGGUAUAGACUGCUGUGACAUCAGAAAUUGGAUGCCUUGGUGUAGGUUAAAGGAAGCAGUUCAUGCCAAGAGGGUCAGAGUCAAAAGCCUCUGGGAGCGUGUUCAGCUCUCAGUGUAGUCCCUGGCUUCUCUGGGCCCUGCCCUCUUCUUCCUCAUGCCGUUGACCUGUCCGUAGGCAUCUGGUUCUCUCACGUGGAUGGAAGGACUCAGGGAUUCCUCUCUGGGGUGGCAUUGUGUGAUGCUGUUUCCAGCCCCUGUCUGAUCAAACCAGAGCCUGCAUCCCACUGAGCAUCUGCACUAUCCUCAGGGAGGGGAGCCCAUAGCCUUCUUCCCAACUCAUCUCAGACCAGCUCAGUUUCAUCAAGUCACUGUGAGUUGGAGCCCAUACUUGUCUCUGUGUUGUCUGUGUAGGCACUUAUGUUUGUGUGGGUGGGUGUGCAUCACUGGGCUAGGUUGUUGGGAAAGUCCCAUCAUGUCUCCGAAUUCUCUUUCACAUAUCAAAUCUCAGUUCUGUUGGAGAUCCAACAGUGAAGGUGUGGCCCCUCCUUUGAGUUUUCCUACCCUUUACCAGCCCAUCUCAUGAUAAACUUGCACCCUGAUAUGCACAGACCUGCACAUGGGAAGAUCAAGAGCUAGAUUGACCCUUCUCUUUCUUAUUAAUAUUAGAUCAGGGCCAACCUCCAUCCAGUCUUGUUUAUAUAAGAGCUCAGUUCAUCUCCAUGCAGAUUUGCUAAUUCAAGGCCAGAGAUGCUACCAGUCCUCUUUUCUUCAGCCCCCAUCUAAUACAGGUUGACCAAAAGCAUUGUGGUGGGAACCUCUUUAGUUCAUUCCUAACAUGGUUAGGAACACAUUGUAGUCUUCUCUAACCUACAUCUGGGUGUUGUCCCAAGAUCCAGUCUGUCCCCAACAUCUUCUCACCUUUGACUCCAUUAAAGAAUGGACUAGGUAUCUGGUAAGAGAGAAUGAAGAAUCAAAAAGGGAAAUCAGUAUUCCCUUUGGAAGUGGAUUCUUUGAACUGUGUUUGGGGAAAGUUCCUCUGAAUACUAAUUCGAAUUUAUAUAACUCAUGUUGUGGAUUUGGUGUGUAUUUGUGUAUGUGUGUGUAUAUAUACAUAUAUACGUCAAAUAUAUGUAUAUAUAUUCAUAUAUAACUCUUAAGAUUUGAAAGGUUUUGAUGCUUGAAGAAGAAACAAAGAGAGAGGAAUAAAGCAAGCUUCCACAGUGGUACUUAAGUUGUAACUGGAGUCCACACUUUCACAACACCCUGCUCCAGACAUGCCUCCUUUGGGGCCUCCAGCAUUGUUGAUAAGGCUGUGGCCAGGAGAAUCAGUCCAGUUCCCUGGAACAUACCGGUACUGAGUUUUCUUUCACUCUACAAAUGGCUAAUGGAACUGUAAUUGCUUCCCACUAGGGGGAGCUGAGGUAGGAGAGAGUGUUUGGCCAUCUUUUUCCAAGGCCUUCUAUCAGUGGGAGGCCAUUUUGUCUUACUUAGCAGACUAUGAAGGAGACUGUUGAGUUCACUGAGCCUGGGGAAAGUUUCUGCCAUAAUAGAGAAAGAAGCAUCAGAACUAAAUGGAAGACAUAGCUCAUGGAAUUUAAAGUCACACCCAUGCCUUUUAUCAGGUUAACAUAUUUCAGAAAUUAUCAGAGCCUCAUUCAGGGCUUACAUAGUCAUUUUUGCCUUCAGUGCCCUUGGUACCUAACUGGCCCUGCUUCUUGGCAGCAAGGAUAGGAAGAUAGAUGGGAGUCCAUGGGUAGGAAAAUGAGGCAGCGGGAAGCAAAGAGAUAGAAACAGGCUCUGAGCUGUGGAAUUGGGCAGUGGGAAAUGUUCUCACAAGGCAGAGGAGAGGGGUAGCUCAAGGCAGAAGAAAGAGAACCCAAGAGGACUUCUAAGGGAGUGAUUGUUCUAGCGGGGGAAAUGAGAGUUAGUCUUCAUGCCUUCAAGAAUUCCUGCAGAGGACUUUGGAAUGGCUGCGCGUCGUUUGCUUUUGCUCUGAGGGGCUACCUCACCCUCAUCUUUCAACUCUUUGGGCUGAAGGAAACCUGGAAAUUGCAAUAGUGUACUGUCAGUCAAAGCGAUUGCUUUUACCAUGUUCUUUCUCUUAUGCCAACCCCAAAAGGUACAGAAUGGAUUUCAAUGCGAUUGUGCCCUGGGCACCAGCUACAUUGACUACAGUUUUUACCCCAAGAGAAGCUCCAAUGUGCUCUGCUGGGCCAAGCAGGGGACCCCAUGUUUUUCCUUUCACAGUCUCAGCACCAGCAGCCAUGUUCUCUCUGCCUGGGACUCCAGGGAUGACAAGUGGGAUUUGUCACACCUCAUGAGACGCUGGUCCCUUGCAGUUAUGUGGUAUAUCUGUGGUAGUCUGUGCCUUUGUGUUCCAUUCCCCUCUCCUUUUGUAAGAUUCAGACUUCUCUGUGGUUUUAAACUUGGUCAAAAGUACUUGCCCUGAUAUUGCACUGUUGUGUGCAUGAGAGGAUGGAGAGAAGGCUGCCUUGGCUCAAGAAAUAAUCACUGCCCCCUUUGCUUAUUGGUGGUCACUUAUAUCUCAGUGGGGGUUUCCGGGAGAGGGCUGGUGAAGGUCCAGAGGUCAGGUGUUCAGUUUGUAACUGUUGUGCUUUGAAGUUCUUGGUGUUGCUCCACGAGAGGACAUCGCCCCCUGGUGCUCAUGAGGUGUAUUGCAGAACAAUAAACAGCAAAUGAACAAG